AUCUUUUUGCCAUUGUCCUGUUAGUAUUUACUGCAUUUCCAUAUUACUCCCAGUAUAUCGAUAUUCACAGACGGAGGGCCCCCAGGAGGACACAGGAGUAUAAUCAAGCGACAUUAGCAUAAAGGACGAGGAAUCGCAAGACACUCUCAGCUCAAUUCUUGGAUAGUUUUGUUUUAUCGAUCUUUGACUCGCUUUAAAGCAAAGGUAUAGAAGAAUAUCAGGCAAGAAUGAAUCGUCGUCAAGGAAACCAGGAUCCUGAAGGCCGUGUGGGCACAGCAGCUUUACCACCAUAUCUAUUACGUCUCUUUGCACCUCGCCCACCACUGCCCUAUGCAAAGCCACUUGAUCGUGAACCGGGCAAGAAAAAUGAGUCACGGUUGAUGGGCAUAGCACAAUACCUAGAGCAUUGCAAAGACCAUGAUACAAAUUAUGUUCCAACACUGAGUAUUGCAGAGCAGAAGAAGAAGAAGAUAGAAGAGCGCGAAAGAAAGGCACAAGAGGCACUCAAGAAAGGAUUAGAAUCAUGGGAUCCAAAUAAGGACGAACUGGUUGUUGGUGAUCCCUACAAGAUUACAUAUCUCCCGGCUUGCAGCAACAAGGAUGCAGAUGGUAUCAAAAUCCUCGGACGCCGUAUUGUCGUUGAUGUAGAGCGCGGUAGGACAGUAAAAGGAUGGAGACCCAAACGCCUUGGAGGAGGCUUGGGUGGUAGCAAUCAGACUUCUUCAGGAAGAGACAAUCGUCAUGAGAGGGAACGGGAACGUUCUCGUGGAGGUGAUUAUCGGGAUGGGCGUGGUUAUGGAGGACAUGGUGAUAGAGACCGGAUUGAUAAGCGCCGACAUGAUGAUCGCAGUCGAGGCGGCUAUAGCGAUCGAUCGUACGAGCGCGACUCCAAGAGACGCAAGA